CUCUUACAGUUUUGGUAAAAGAAAAUAAAGACCCGCCGACAGGUCUCAAACAGGCAGUUCUAAAUGCCUUGAUGCUACGCGUAGGAAGUGAGGGUUUUACUUUAGGAUCUGCAAAAAUGCUUGGUACCUUCGAGGAGGUCACGGAUCAAGACUUGGAUUAUAUGGAUCUCCAAAUGCAAAGCAAGGACACAUUCCCCACUGCGCUUUAUGUACUGCCGGAGCACUGUACGUUUUUACUGUUGUAG